AUGCAGCAAAUGAAGAAUUCAAUUAUUUUUGACGCUUUUAUUGCUGAAGAUUUUCGAGGCAAGGAACGCCGAUUGAGAGGAGUAUCGAUACCGUGCUAUACACCGGGCUCGGGUGCAUCCUUUGCGCAUCCUAAGCCCCCGUUGUCAUCCAUUUGUAGCAAUAGUCCGAUUGUUCAUUACGGUCCUUCAGUAGCAAAUCGUGUUUCACAUAGUACCAGCGUCAACUUGUCUAGGGAAGCUAUUCAACGUCGUCUUCUUGAUCGUUGGAAUCGCAUCCUUGCAAAAUAUUCAGCGCCAACUUGUCAAGAAACGUAUACGAAGCCACCCAACACAACGAUCAGUCAGAAUCCACCGGGCACAUUGCGGACAAACCAAACGAUGCUGGAGGUGAUUGCAAGAGGCGGUGCAAUGGAGACCUCAUCGAUACCUGCAACAACCAGCGCUGUUGGCCAGUUUCCAGCAAUCUCAAAAAGCGGAGGGUCGUCUACGUCAUCUGGAGUUUCGUCAGCUUCUAAGCAUCUUUCAUCUUCAGUUUCUACUUUGUCAGUAUUAGGCCAGAACUCUGAUGUCCGGCAACAACUUCCAAAAACGCCAUCAGAUGAAUCCUUAAAGUAA